ACUCCGUCAAGAUUAGAUUAGAAUUGUUCAGUAUAUAAAUAGUCAGAGAUUUCGAUAGAAAACCAAGUUGAACCUAAGAUCUUUCGUUAAUAAACGUUGUGGUUAAUAUUCCCUUUUGAUUUCCACUUUCGAUUCUUUUUCGAACUCAAAAAUGUCCAUCCAAUUGUUUCACACUAGUUUAUCUCCACCAUCUCGAGUCGCUCGAGUUUUGGUCAAACAUCUUGGACUGAAAGUUGAAGAAAAGGAGAUCAAUCUCAUGGCUGGUGAACAUCUUAAGCCCGAAUUCACCUCAAUCAACCCUUUCCAUGUUGUUCCAACUCUUGUUGAUGGUGAUUUUGCUCUUUGGGAAAGUCGAGCUAUUUUGACCUACCUUGUUGAUAAACUCGCCCCAGGUAAUUCACUCUACCCAGCUGAUCUCAAGGCUCGAGCCACGAUCAACCGAUGGUUAUAUUGGGACGCUGGUACUUUAUAUGCUACAUUGAGUGCUUAUUAUAUUCCCGUUUUCCAUGGCGGUUCCCUGGUCCCUGAAAUCAGUGAAGUGUUCAAGAAUAAGGUCAAAGAUUUGGACAGUUCAUUGGAGAAGACCAAAUAUGUUGCUGGUGAUAAAUUGUCAGUCGCUGAUCUUUCAAUUGGAGUCACAAUUAACUUUGCAUCCGAUCUUGGGAUCGAUUUGUCAAAUCUUUCCAAUGUUAAUCGGUGGAUCAAACAGUUAGAAAGUGACCUAAAGGCCGACACUUGGUCAAGUUUGGUCGAUCAACCAAAUAACGCUCUUGCUGGUUUUAUUAAAUCCAAAGCUUCAAAAAUGUCCAUCCAAUUGUUUCACGCUAAUUUAUCUCCACCAUCUCGAGUUGUUCGGAUUCUAAUUAAACUUCUCGGUUUAAAGGUUGGAAAAGAGAUCAAUCUAAUGGCUGGUGAACAUCUCAAACCCGAAUUCACCUCUAUUAACCCUUUCCAUGUGGUUCCAACUUUGGUUGAUGGUGAUUUUGGACUUUGGGAAAGUCGAGCUAUUUUGACUUAUCUUGUUGAUAAACAUUCAUCAGGAAACUCACUUUAUCCAACUGAUUUACAAACUCGAGCCACGAUCAACCGAUGGUUAUAUUGGGACGCUGGUACUUUGUUUGCUUCUUUGGCUGCUCAUUUCGGACCCAUUUUCAGAGGCGGUUCCCCAGUUCCUGAAGCUGCUGAACUGUUCAAAACAAAAGCUAAAGAUCUUGAUAAAUCAUUAGAAAAUACUAAAUAUGUUGCUGGUGAUUCGUUAACUUUAGCCGAUCUCACAAUCAGUGUUAAUAUCACCUUGGCUUCCGCUGUUGGAAUUGACCUCUCAAACCUUACCAAUGUUGACCGAUGGCUUAAACAGGUAGAAAGUGACCUAACCUCGGAGACUUGGUCAACUUUGGUCAUCGAACCAGCUAAUGCUCUUGGUGGUUUUAUCAAAGCCAAAAUCGCAUCUUCUUAAUUGUGAUUGUUAUUAAAAAGUUUCAAGUUUCAAUCUUAAUAAAAAACUUCUCGUUCAUUUCAAUUUA